UUGCAGGGCGCCGACGGCCCCGAGGCGGCGACGGUCGCCGCAGACGCCCCCUCGUUUCGGCGCUGAGGUACCCGGCCCGGCGGCCCAGGACGUUCCCGUCGCAUGGCGGAGUGCUGCGGACGAUGCCCAUGAAGUCCUUGGUCCUCGUAGCUGCGCUGUUGCUCUGGCCUUCGUCCGUGCCGGCCUAUCCGAGCAUAACCGUGACGCCUGACGAAGAACAAAACUUAAAUCAUUAUGUAGAAGUUUUACAGAACCUAAUACUGAGUGUUCCUACGAAGGAGCCAGGUCAUGAGAAAAAAUCAAAGUCUCCAAAUAAUGUUUAUUCUAUAGGACCGAAGGUAUCAAAAUUAAAGGAGAUAAUCACACAUGGAGACUCUUCAACUGAAAAUGAUGUUUUAAUAAAUCCUGCCGGUGAAGAAACCACAGCUUCCCCUACUGGAGGCUUCACACUGGAAGUAAGCAAGAGAAAACCUACCGAAGUUACAGCAUUCUGGUCAAUUAAACCAAAUAAUGUUUCUGUUGUUUUACGCACAGAGGAACCUUAUAUUAUAAAAGAGCCAGAGCCAAAGCCAGAGCCAGAAACAAAACCAACUGAGGAACCAAAGCCAUGGCCUGCUAUUACCAAAGACUACAUAAGUCCAGAUGCCACCUCAGCCCAUCCGUCUGUCACCUCUUUAAAUAGGUACACUGACUUGGAUACCAUCACAGAACCAGAAGACGUUCCUCAGCUCUCAGGUGAAUAUGAAGUGAACAAGCCUGAGUUACAAACAUUUGUAAGACAGCCACAGCUUUUGAGUAAUGAUGACAUUUUGAAAAAAAUUUCAGAUAUUAGGUCACAGGUACAACGGGUACCUCUUGCUGAAAGCCACAAGCCAGAAUACAGAGAGGACAUUCGAGCCUCUAGAGAGCAUCUAAAACGAAGCCUUGCGUUAGCAGAAGCAGCAGAACAUAAAUUACAAAAAAUGUACAGAUCCCAGCUAUUACCACUAGGACAAAGCAGUAGUGGAAUUGAGGACAUUGAAAGUUUUAUUAACAUGCUGUACAAUUCCAGAUCUAAAUUACCUGAAUAUUUAGAUAUUAGAUAUGUUCCACCAGAGAUGAGAGGAAAGGCAACUACAAUAUACAAUACAUUGAGAAAAAUAUUAUGUGUAAGUCGACUAGAAACUCAAAACCUUAUUAGGGAGUUAUUAAACAAUAAUAUAAAAAUGUUAAACCUACUUGAUAUUCCAUGACAAAGUUGAUUUAAGGGAACUGUGCAUUUGUUUCACUGGAGAAAUAAACAUAUUAGUGAUUUACAAGUUGGAUGAAAAUAUUUUCUAUCGUUCAAUGUGCUAACAUCUUUACAUGUCAUAUAUUAUAAAAAAUUUUCAUAUGCCCUAAAGCUGAAUAAUUUAAAAUAAAAUUUUGGUUCAGGAGUUUGUAGUUUUUUUUCUCAUUAACUUUAAUUAAAAGUUGUGAAGAUCUAAUCUUUAAAAUGUUUAAGCUUUGAUUUUACUUGGUUAGUUAAAUUCACCCAUUUUAUAAGAGUUAAGAGACUGUGUGCAAUCUGUAUAUAGACUGUUUUAAAUAAUUUAAUAUAAAUAUAAAAUUUUAGUACAUAUGGUCUUUAUUACUCUUCCAGAGAAUCUGAGUUUUCUGCUUGAAUAGCAAAGUUGGAACUUGAAUCAGCACUUUUAUUUGUAUAUCUGUCUGUCUCCUUUGAAAGGUGGAUGAUAUAUGAAGGUACAUCCCUGUUUCUUUAUUAAGUACUUUGGAGUAUCAGUGAGUGACUGUAAAUUGGAUUUGAAAUGUAGCCAUUCUCACUCAUUUCCUGUUGUUUGUUUCGAUACCUAUACAGUGAAGCACUGCAAAUCUUUUGUAGGAGUAUGACUAACAUGAUUAAGGUUAACUGGGUAAUAUUGUGAUUAUGGCGCACAUAAUUUCUCUUUCGUGAUUUGACCAGCAUUAUAUUUAAAUUCAUUUAUUUAUUCCUUCAUCAAACCAGUCAUUUAUAGUUCAGUGGAGAUUUAUUGACUUUAUACUAUGUGCAGAACAAAAUGCUAGGCUUUGGGGAUAUAGUAAGACCUAUUUCCUUCUCUCUUGGAGAUUGUAUUAUAGGAGGAAAGACAAGACAUUAAAUAAAUAACUUCGAUAAUUUUAAAUUCUCAGUUGUGACAAGUUGUUACGAAUCCGUGAGAAAUUUGACCUCACCUAGACCAAAAGAGAAAGUAGCAUUUAAGGUGUGAUCUGAAAGGUAAGAGUGUGUACACAGGGAAGCAGCAUUCCAGGCAGAGGGAGCAGCAAGUGUGAUGCUCUGAGCUGGGAAUGAGUAUGGCAAGUUCAAGAAGUAGCUGGAGUGUAGAGAGGUAAGGCCCUUCUACAGAACAUCUCAAGGUGAGAUGGGAUUGGAACAGACUCUGCAGGACUUAAACUGUAUACGUAUUGACAAUGCUGGCUGUUCUCCUACGAUCAGUGAGAAGCAUUUGUGGAUUUUAAGCAAAGGAUGAGUAUGAUUAAAUUUGUCUUUUUAAAACACUCUGGCACUGGUUUUGGAGGUAGAUUAAAGUAGAAGUGCACUAGGUAAAGGGCAAAUUUAGUUUGGACUUGUUUGAAAGAAGUGUUCAUUUAGGGACGCCUGGGUGGCUCAGCGGUUUGGCACCUGCCCUACCGCCCUGGAGUCUCGGGAUUGCGUCCCACAUCGGACUCCCUGCAUGGAGCCUGCUUCUCCCUCUGCCUGUGUCUCUGCCUCUCUCUCUUUCAUGAAUAAAAAAAAAAAAAAGAAGAAGAAGAAGUGUUCAUUUAGAAGUAGAAUCAGCAGUGUUUGGUGAUUGCAUGGACAUGGAGACAGAGUAGCAGGGUUCAAAAAUAAUUCCUCUACAGUUAGCUAUAUCAUUAAAAAGCCCACAUAGGUUUUGUUUCACAGCAAUACUCUACUGUUUCCUGUUGCUUGUUUUUUUGUUUUUUUUAACUGUGUGUAUUGCUUGUUUAUAAAAUUAAUUUUAUCAUGGAAGAUUUCAAGCAUGUGAAAAAGUAAACAGAUUAAUGUAAUAGACCUAUGUACCUAAUGUCCAGUACAACAGUGAUCUACUAAUGACCAGUCUUGUUUCACCCAAACCCUCACCCUUCCCCCUUUCUCCUAUUUUAUGUUGAAUUAAAUCCCAGAUACUUUUUCAUUUCGUUUGUAAAUAUUACAGUGUGAAGCUCUUUAACUCUUUUUAAAAAAAUGACCACAAUAUCACCACACAUACAAAUAUAAAAAUUCUUUAGUUUAUCUUCAGAUAUCCAGUCAUUGUUCAAAUUUCCAACUGUCUAAUAAUUUUUUUAAAUUUAGAGUUUGUAUGAAUCAAAGAUCCAAAUAAAGUUCACACAUUGAGAUUGGUUGAUUUGACUCGUAAGUCUUUUAAUCUGAAGAGUUUUCUUCCACUUCUCCCCCACCCCUUGAAGCUUAUUUAUCAAAGAAAUUGGUCAUUUGACCUAUAGUUUUACACCUAUGGAUUUUGCUGACUGUAUCCUCAUAAUGUCAUUUAGUAUGUUUUCCUGCCCUCUCUAUUUCCUGUAUAUUGAUAGAUGAAUCUAGAGAGGCUUUAUUAGACUCAUGUUUGUCUCUUUUUUUGGUCAAGAUAGUAUAGAUCACCUAGUUGUGUUUACUUUUGUAUUUAUAGAGCAGUCUGUGAUGUUCAUUACCUAGAUAGAAUGUUGAUCAGGUGUUGCAAAAUGAACAUAACAUGCCUUCCUGAUUAGCGGGAAUAUCUCUAUAAUGAGACACUUCCUCUAUUAUUUGAUUCCCUAGGGGUUCAGUGUGUAUUGGAAAGACAUCAAAUCUUUCUCUAACAGUUUUCAAAAUAAUUAGUUCAUAAAAAUCCUUCAAUGGUGACCUGCUUUUUUCAAUUAGAUCUUUAUUCUUUUCGAACAGUUGGAGGCUUACAGAGAAAUUGAUCAGAAAAUACAGAGUUCUCGCAUGUCUCUCUCUAGUCUACCAUAGUUUCCCCAAUUAUUUACAUCUUAUAUUAGUGUGGUACAUCUCUUAAAAUUGAUGAACCGACACUGAUACAGUACUAUUAACUGAAGGUCCAUAGUUUACAUUAAGGUUCACUCUUCCUGUUGUACAUUUUAUGGGUUUUGACAAAUGUAUAAUAACACAUAUACACCAUUACAAUAGUAAUUGUAAACCAUACACAAUAGUUUCACUGCCCUAAAAAUACCCUGUGCUUCACCUAUUCAUCCCGCACUCUUCCUCCUCCAUCCCUCCAAUCCCUGGCAAAACUGAUACCUAUUUUUUUUUUUAAGAUUUUAUUUAUUUGAGACAGAGAGCAUGAGCAUGAGCAGGGAGAGGAGCAAGCAGGGGGAGAGGGAGAAGCAGGCUCCCCACUGAGCAGGGAGCUUGACCUGAGGCUCCAUCCCAGGACCCUGAGAUCAUGACCUGAGCUGAAGGCAGACACUUAACUGACUGAGCCACCCAGUCACCCCAAACCGAUAUUUUUACUGUCACCAUAGUUUUCCUUUUCUAUGACAUCAUGUAGUUAGAAUCAUUUAGCCUUUUAAGAUUGGCUUCACUUAAUAUGUUUUUAAGAUUCCUCCAUGUCUUUUUGUGGCUUGACAGCUCAUUUCUUUUAGUGUUAAGUAAUAUUACAGUGUAUGGAUGUACCAUACUUUAUAUAUUCAGCCUUUGAAGGACAUCUUGAUUACUCCCAAGUUUUGGCAAUUGUCAAUAAAACUGCUACAAACAUCUAUGUGCAGAUUUUUGAACACAAAUUUCAGUUGUGCCAGUUUGUUUCACACCUUUGAACAUAUAAAAAUUAACAAACCUUUAUAUUUUGGCCAAUCUGAUAGAUGAAAAGUGUUAUCUAGUUAUUGUUUUAAUGUAUAUUUCUUUAAUUAUGCGUGAGGUUGGACAUCUUUUUAUAUUUAUAUUUUUAUUUCUGAAAAUGGCUCGUUCGUGUUUCUCUACCAGUUGCUUUUCCGUAGCAAUACAUACAACCUUUUAAUGUAACAAGGAAAUUGGAAUUUUGUGUUAUAAUUUUGCAAA